AUGCAAGACUGUUGGACAGCUAAAUUGUCUUGGGAUGCUGAACUGUCUGAUGAACUUGCCAAAAAGUUUUUGAAACUGAAAAGAGAUUUAAUUUGUGUUGAUAAUUUAACGAUCCCUAGAAGACUGGUAAUAAAUCUUAAAGAAAGAAACAAUCUAUCAUUCCACGUUUUCUGUGACGCCUCUCAAUUAGCUUAUGCAACCUGCAUAUAUUUGAGAAGCGAAAAUGAAGAGGGGGUUUCCUGUCAACUCGUACAGUCACGAUCCCGAGUAGCUCCAUUGAAACCUGUAACAGUUUCCAGAUUGGAAUUGCUCGCGUGUACUAUAGGAAUACGCCUCAUGACAACAAUCAAACGAGAUUUACACAUGGAAGAUGUAACUACAUUUUAUUGGACGGAUUCAAUGAAUGCUUUACAUUGGAGUAGAAAUGAAGAAGAUUGGGGAAUUUUUGUCAUGAACCGUGUUAGAGAAAUAAGAAACUAUAGUUCAAAAGGUGAGUGGAAUCAUAUUCCUGGAACAUUCAAUCCAGCCGACUUACCUUCAAGAGGAUGUUCUGCGGUCACUCUUUUAAGUCAACACUGGCAUGAUGGCCCAUCUUGGCUGAAGCAAGAUGAGAAACAUUGGCCAGUUAGUGAAGCUGUGGUCGAUAAAGAAAUCAUAAAUUCGGAAAAGAAAAAGACUAUAGUUACUUUGGCAGUUACAAAGAAUGAAGAAUUCGAUUACUUAGCCAAUAUUUCAUCUUUCGAGAAGAUCCGAAUUGAAGAUCCCGUCAUUUGUGACGAAGGGAAGGGCCAUAAUCCGAGUGAUUCAUCUUCACCAGUGCCGGUCUCUCAGGAAAUACCAGCACCAGUGCCCGUCUUUCAGGAAGCAACAUUGCCUGUGCCUGUCUUUCCGGAAGAACUAUUACCCACUUCUCAACCUCGGCGAAUCAACCGCUAUGGUCGAACUCUACGUGCUCCUCAUCGUUUGGAUCUCUAG